AGGGAGGGUUGCAGACAGAGAGAUUGCAGAGAGGGAGGGCGGUCGUUGCAGACGGAGAGAUUGCAGAGAGGGAGGGCGGUCGUUGCCGACAGAGAGAUUGCAGAGAGGGAGAGAGAGAUUGCAGAGAGGGAGGGCGGUCGUUGCAGACAGAGAGAGAUUGUAGAGAGGGAGAGAGAGAGAUUGCAGAGAGGGAGAGUGCGUUUCUCCCUCUUCCCCUCUUUUUAAAAAUCCGAUCGUUGAGCCUGUAAGUGGCUUACAGGGAAGUGACUUCUCACCCCCAUCGCCCUGCAGUUUUUUGGUAGAUUUGCCUGUAAGUUACUUACAGGUGAAUUUUCUCCCCCAAACACCACCUACCACUUACCCAACUUACAGGCAUCCAAACAGGCCCUGACUUACAGGUAUCCAAACACCAGCUAUAAGUAAUUUCUCUGUGACAAUAACUUGAUUUUUCUGUAAAUGGGAAGGCAAGGCAGUAGCAGCAAGAGAAAGUAUCACGAUAGUUCUUCCAGAAGAAGAAGUCGAUCGAGAGAAUCAGACACUGAGAUGGAAGAAGAAGAAGAAGAGGAAGAAAGCAGCAGCGAUUCUUCCUCUCGUCGAAGGUCCCGGAAGAAGAGCGGAAGCAGCGGCCGGAGCAAUCGGCAGAGCUCCUCUCGUAACAAAGAUUCUGAUUCCGAUUCUGGCACUGACAACAGCCGCGGCGGUCGGCGGAGGAAGUCGUCGCCGAGGAAGAUAUCGGAAGAUGUGAUCAAGGAGUACCUCAUCAAGAAAGCACAGAAGAAAGCUCUGAAAGUUAAUAAGAAGCUGAAAUCGCAGAAGGUUUCUGGUUAUUCUAAUGAUUCCAAUCCGUUUGGUGAUUCCAACCUCAAUGAAAAGUUUUUUUGGCGGAAGAAGAUAGAGCGAGAUGUUGGUCAAGGUCUAACGGUAGAACAGAUUUCAGUCAAAGCUGAAAAAAAGAAACAAAAAGAAAGGAUGGCAGAGAUUGAGAAAGUGAAGAAAAGAAGGGAGGAAAGAGCAAUUGAAAAAGCACAACAUGAAGAGGAAAUGGCAAUGUUGGCACGGGAACGUGCUCGGGCUGAGUUCCAGGAUUGGGAGAAGAAAGAAGAGGAGUUCCAUUUUGAUCAAAGCAAAAUUAGGUCAGAGAUUAGAUUGCGUGAAGGGCGUAUAAAACCCAUUGACAUUCUUUCAAAGAACCUUAAUUGUUCAGAAGAUUUUGACAUCGAAAUAAAUGAACCUUACACGGUCUUCAAGGGUCUGACGGCUAAGGAAAUGGAGGAGCUACGUGAUGACAUAAAAAUGCAUAUGGAUUUGGACAGGGCAACACCGACACAUAUAGAGUUUUGGGAGGCAAUGAUGGUAGUUUGUGAUUGGGAACUUGCUGAAGCUCGGAAAAGGGAUGCACUUGAUCGGGCUAGGGUACGUGGCGAGGAACCACCAGCUGAAGUACUUGCUGAAGAAAGGGGCUUGCAUUCGAACAUUGAAGCAGAUGUCAAGAACCUGUUGCAAGGGAAAACAUACACCCAGUUGGAGGCAAUGCAGAGUCAGAUUGAGUCUCAGAUGCGUUCUGGUACAGCCAAGGUAGUUGAGUAUUGGGAAGCUCUUCUGAAACGCCUUCAUAUAUUCAAGGCAAAGGCUUGUCUAAAGGAAAUUCAUACCAAUCUGCUGCGUAAGCAUUUACAGCGCUUAGAGCAUCCUGUGGAAUCUGAACAGCACUUAGACACAGAUCAUGAUUCAAAACGUGAAGAGGAAGAUACUAUGGAUGAUAUGGAAGAAGCUCAGCCUUACUCCCCUGAACCCAUAAUGGCUGAACCAACAAAUGAAAUGGAGGAAGAGCCGGGUUCAUUUUCACCGGAGUUGAUGCAUGCCGAAGAUAAUGAAGAUGCAAUAGACCCUGAAGAUGAUCGGGUUGAGCUGGAAAGGAAACGUGUUGCUGUGUUAGAAGAACAGCAGAGACGGCUUCAAGAAGCAAUGGCGGUGAAGUCAGCUCAGCCUGAAGAUAACAUGGAGAUGAAAGUGAUGAAAGCAAUGGGAACCAUGGAAGAAGGCGAUGCAGUAUUUGGCUCUGGAGCUGAAGUUAAUCUGGAGUCACAGGUAUACUGGUGGCAUGACAAGUACCGCCCAAGAAAGCCCAAGUAUUUCAAUCGCGUUCACACAGGAUAUGAAUGGAACAAAUACAACCAAACACAUUACGAUCACGACAAUCCUCCACCAAAGAUUGUGCAGGGAUACAAAUUCAAUAUAUUCUACCCAGAUCUCGUUGAUAAGACGAAAGCUCCUGGUUAUACCAUAGAGAAAGAUGGAAGCAGUGGCGAGACAUGCCUGAUAAGAUUUCAUGCCGGACCACCUUACGAGGACAUUGCAUUCCGUAUUGUCAACAAGGAAUGGGAGUAUUCUCACAAGAAGGGUUUCAAGUGCACGUUUGAGCGUGGGAUUUUGCAUGUCUAUUUCAACUUCAAACGCUACCGGUACCGUAGAUGAUGCUGGGCCCCAGUGAGGUCCGCAUUCUAUAAUCUAUCAGAGGCACUUUUCAGUAGGGGAUACUGGUAUGUCCUCUACAUGAAUGGAUCAUGUGCAGCAGUCUGUAAUGCUUGAUGGAUGGGACGUAUUUAUUUCCCUACAGUAAGAGCUUUUGUAAAGAAGAAAAGAAAAUCUUUCAAGUUUCAGCUAUUUCAACUUUUCCAUUCUGUAACGGUGUCUUCACAGCUACCCCAUUUACGUUAUAUGACAAUCAUACUACCUCCCCUUUGGUAGAGACAGACAGAAACAUGUAUCAAAUGGAUAAAAAUACCCUGAGUCUUCGAGUU